UUUUCCUUGGAAGAAUGGCAUUGGCCAAAAGAACUAAUACUCAGUUUGGAGGAAUAUUAUUGUCCUUGGCAGGAUGGAUUCUCUCUUGUGUUACUACUUAUGUGCCUUUAUGGAAGAACCUCAACUUAGAUUUAAAUGAGCUAGAAAACUGGACUAUGGGACUAUGGCAGACCUGUGUUGUACAAGAAGAAGGUGGUAUGCAGUGCAAGGACUUUGACUCUUUUUUAGCUCUGUCGUCUGAGCUUAGGAUUUCAAGGAUCCUAAUGUGCAUAUCCAAUGGCUCAGGGAUGCUUGGUCUUCUCUUAUCCAGUCUUGGUCUAGACUGCGUAAAUAUAGGAGGCGAAAAACAAGCUCUGAAGAAUCGAUUCUUACUCCUCGGAGGAAUAAUGCUUUGGACUUCAGGAUUAACUGCCCUAGCUCCAGUAUCCUGGGUGGCUUACGACACAGUCCAAGAAUUUUGGGAUGAAUCAAUUCCUGAUAUUGUACCCAGAUGGGAAUUUGGAGAAGCUCUCUUCAUGGGCUGGUUUGGAGGAUUUUUUUUACUACUUGGGGGCUCAUUACUCGCUGCCUCUUACUGCUCGUCACCCCCUGUUCCAAGCACAUGUUACAAACAAACACCAGAGCAUGAGAAAUGUCUACACGCAGACUCCAAAUAUCCUGAUCUAACCAUCUGAAAACAUAUUUAUCUGCUUGUGGUAAAACAGGUUACAGAAGCCAACACCCCUGUUAAGUGAAAUCUAUUAUGCUAUUUAGACUAUUUGCAGAUUCAUCUUUAUUUUAAUGCAAGAUUUGUUAUAAGCUUCGUGUAAAAUGAUUAAUCACUCUGUGUUAAUAAACUGGAGGACACUGCAACAUGAUAACUGCUUGGCCUCAAAACA